UCUAGUGUAUGUGUACGUAUCAAUGUGCGCGCGCGUGUGCGUGUGUUCGGCAGGCAAGCUUACUGUAGUUCGAGGAGUCCUGCUAGCUGGAAUGGAACUCAGCUCGGUGUAGGCUCCGUAAGGGGGGGCACACACACAACAAAAAGAACACAAACAACAACAACAGCAGCAGCUUCGACGUAAGGAUAUAUAUAUAUAUAUAUAUGUAACAUAUAUAUAUAUACAUACACAUACAUAUAAUCAAAACAGAUUUGUGUGAAUAUAUAUAUACAUACAUAAACAUAAUAUAUAUAUAUAUAUUAUAUGUAUAUAUAUAUAUACACACACACAUACAUGCCGUAAAGAUGGAAUAGUACAGGAGGAAUACAAAAUUAUUCUGUGAGUGGAUACCAACAAGACACCAAACCGAGGAAUCCAUACCCGCUGCCACCACCACUACCACCACCACCACCACCACCACUAUCAGCUCCUCUCUCUUUUUUUCCUCCUCUGUAUAUCUAUGUAUCUAAAGUUCUUAACGAAGGAAGCAGCUUUCGUCUGGUUUGGUCUCCUAGUCGGUCUAUCUAUCUCUCUGUAUGCGAGUGUGUGUUAAUUAAUAUACAUGUGUUUGUGUGAGUACUCUUCCUCUAUAGCUUGUAAAUAUAUUUCUGUGUAUACAUGUAUUUUCACCUAGGUGCGUGAUUGAGUUAAUUUGUAUACGCGCGUGAGAGCGUAUGUGUGUGUAUAUAUAGAUAUAUAAAAAAAAUACAUAUAAAUAUAUAAAUAUUUAUAUGCCUUUAUCUCUCUAUCUCUGUAUAUAUAUAUAUAUAUAUUUACAUACAUCUACAUAUAGCUAUAUAUGUUGUGUAUGAGUGAAAGCAGCAGAGGUGUGUGUCUUGUGUAUGUGUGGUAUUUCCUUGCCUUUAGGAUAUGGCCGACUGGAACAUAGUUACAGAUUGGCUGCGUUCUUUGAAUCUGGUGCACUACACACAAGCCUUCUUGGAUAAUGGUUACGAUGAUCUGGAAAUUUGCAAACAGAUCGGCGAUCCCGACUUGGACGCCAUAGGAGUCUUCAAACAGGAACAUCGCCAGCGAAUCUUGGAUGCUGUGAGAAUUCUUCGUGAACAAGGUGGAACGGCCGUUUAUUUUACCCUCGAAAAACCCAACAAUGAUAUUGGUGUGGCUGCUAGUAUAGUAGACGGUCAUGGACAUGUGGCUUGUACCACCACCGCUAACAACACAGAUAGCACCUACCAUAGAACUGGUGGUUUGGUGUGUCUGGGUGGUGGUAGUGGUAGUGGUAUUGGUGGUGGCAACAACGGCGAUCACAGCGGAGAUUGUUCCACAAACGAACCGAUCCAUUCUUCCCGUCGUCUGCCCAAUGAUUAUGAAGAUGGCAAGUCUGCGUUGUUGACUUACCCCAAGAUACAGUUAAAACAUAUUAUCCGUGACAAACUUGUUCGAGAUGAGAUCGAUCUGUCUGGUCCACCUUACACCACUGCGGAGAUCAAGGACGUUUCACAAAAGGACCAGUCAUGUACACGGAGUAGUCUUAUGGCCUUAGCUGUUAAAUACGCCGGGGAAUUGAACACUCAUGUUGAGGAUGUCUUUGACCGACUCGACGAAUUACGCUGGUGGAAAAUUACCAAAGAUUCUGAUAGUUUAUCGGUUUGGAGAUUAAAGUUGUCGAAAUCCUUAAGUCCAGUGCGGAAUGUUCAGAGCCCGACCCUUUAUGGAUAUAUGCCCCGUGGAACACCCCCACCUCUUCCGGCAUGUCCUCCGCCGUCUUCAAGUCAUCAGGAAAGAUGUGCCGAAUUAGAGAAACACCUGAAAGGGGUUCAUUUAAGGAUGGACAACCAGUCUGGAAAUUAUUGCGCCAACUACAUUUCACUAGACGGUGGUAUGUGUUGUAUUUUUCCACGCAGACUUUCCAAAGAGAAGGAUAUGGUUGAGAGCAAGAAGAAAACAACAGCAUUAGGGAAACUCUUUCGGAAUAUGGGUCUUCGUAAAUCUGGCAGGAACAAGUUCUCCUAUAAACAGCAUCAAGGUGACCCGAAUGCCUAUGAAAUCACAAUGAAUGAUGAUGACCGAAUAGCGUUAAUGGUAAUGGUGAAAGAAGGCAAAAUAACCACAGAACAUGCUCUAGAAGUGGUAAAACGGUUUGAGGAUCAUCGGCGACUGACUGGUGAGGGCGAUGAACAGAUCAAUGACCAGAUCUAUGGAAGUCGAGAGUCCCCGUUGUUAACCCAGGCUAGUAUCCAGACAAGAGGUCGAAGACAACACAGACCUGAAAUCACAAAACCCACCAAGUCUUCAUCAGAUCUAUACUCAGGUUCAUCACCUCGUUGUGAGAUAUGCCGUUCUCAGUCUCAAGAUGUAGAUGAUCGCAUGCGUUGGCCAGACAAUCGGGGAUCAUCCGAUUACCAAUGUACUGAACACCGGAGAGUCCAUAGUAUAGGCCAUAUGGAAUUCCACCAGUCACAAUCUCCAGAAUUCAUGAGGUCUAUAUCAUGCUCUCCAACACGUGGUGGCAGUAGCCAUACAGACAGCACAAAAUCAACUUCGGUGGGAGGGUCACCGUCACACAGCCGUCUAUACUCUCCGGUACUUUAUUUAACAGGAGGCAACAAAGCCUCUGAUGAACAGCUUCUAAUCUCGCUCUCUCCAGCAGCCGAGGGGAAAGAUGAUGAUGCAUUAAAGAAAAACAGUAGUGGGGUUAGUAAAAGUGCAUCGGGUACUUCUUUAGACUCUGAUCUGUCAGCGGGUUGUCCGUCACAUGGACCGUUACCCAAUGAAAUCGCAGCAACUCGAAAUGGAGACAUUGCAAAUUGCAGCAAUUCAACAAUGUCUGCAAGUUCCGAAACCUCUCCUGCUGGUGGACGUAAACCAGAAUCUUUACCGGCAAGAAUGAGGAACUUUGCUAGAAGCAAUAGCUACAGUACAGGUGAUGAUGGUAUGUCAUCUGACUACGACGAUCAUGAUGAAACAAAUAUGAGACUAAGUCAGAGUUGUCCACGAGGAAUGAUCACACAACGGUCAUUGAGUGUUAAUGACAGAAGCAAAGAUUUGAGGAAUGACCUGAAAAAGAAACUGCUACGUUCUAAGGAGCCAAAUUACAGGUCACGGCAGAUGAACCAAGAUGUAUCCGAUGUCCAUGGUGUAAUAGGAAGCCCAGAAAUAUUUAAUAGGUGCAAAUACCAAGUGACAAAUUCCCAGAAUUCCAUAGCCUCUACUGUAGAUGGCAUGCCUCUCUACUCUGGCCCAUUUUUAGGGCAGGCUAGGGUACAUACUGACUAUGACCCUGAGCCACAGGAGAAAGAUGCUUUAGUAUUAAGGAAAGGUGACAUUAUCCAAGUGAUGAGUAUGAUUCAGCCAGGAAUCUGGAAAGGUAUGUUGAGACAAAAAGUUGGUAACUUCCGGUUUUCACAUGUUGAAAUGAUUAGUGAUGACACUCCGCGUGGCCAACGCAAGGAGAGAAUUCAUCGAAGAAGGAACUCACAGCGGUCGAAACCACGUAAUGUUGAGGAACUGAUGCAGCGCAUUGGUUUAGAGCAUUUAACGAGUAUUUUCUUGUUGAAUGGAUACGACAAACUGGAAACGUUUGUUGAUAUUGAUGAAGAUGACCUCAGCGAGUUGAAUAUUCGUGAUACAGAACAACGUGCCAAACUUUUGACUGCAGCGGAGCUCCUUGUCGAUUGUAAUUCCCCUGAUAUUCUUGAUGUCCCAGCUAAAUGUGAUGGCAACACUCCAGCUGACACCCCCUCUAGUCUGUCACCCCCAACCUUAUUUAACACUGAACCACCCCCUCCAAUGCCCAUUCAGCCCAUGAGUAGGGACUCAGGCUUCUAUGCUAGUAGUGACAAUUCACUCCACAAAGGUCAGCAAUCUGCUCGUCCUUCUGAUGAAGAUAUUCAUAAGAAGAAAAUGUUGGGUCAGUCUGCUACUGACAACAGUAUAUCGGAGACAGAUGUAACAAACAAAGAUGAAAGCCAGCCACAGAAAAGCAUUGCUUGUCAAACGGCUGGACAGACAGAACCCAGUACCAACUAUGAAAUCAGUGAUCUCGAAUUAUCUGCCGAGGACCGAGAGGUAUGUGAAAUUACAGAUGGAUUUGCUCAGAAAGAGAUUCGGGCUUCUCCAAAGAAAGCCACACCUCUCACUAGAGUCCAGCGCUGUUCAAGUGCCCAGCAGUCUGCACAGGAAAGUAUUGCCAAUGGAUAUAUCUCACAUUCCAGUUCUUUCUGUAACAUGACAGCAGAAUGCAGCCAUGUCAGCCCAAUGUUACAUCAUCUUAGUAAGAAGCACGAGCAGCAUGGCCCGAUCAAUGUGGCUAUUGUUGACAGCAAGACGCCGAUACGCAGUUGUGGAUCGGAGGGAUCCGAUGGAACGCAGAGUGACCUCUCUGACAUUUCGCCCCACAGGAACUCAAAGCCUGUUUCACUGAGAAAAUCAGCCAGCAAACUAUGUUCUGCUAAGACAAAUGGAAGUUUGGUGAUGAUGGAUAGAGUGGUAUCUCCAUCCUAUCACAUCAUACUUUCAGAUUCUUUGUCUUCAUCCCCAAUGGUCAAAAGGGAUGUGAGCACACAAAUGGACCCUUUCCGUAAAAAAGGUAACAGUGUUAAUGAGAACCAUCUGAGAACACAAAAGCUGAUUUAUGGAAGUAAACCACCAAUGUUUCUCGAAGGAGAUAACAUCCCCAAUCAAAUAUAUUUCCCUGGAACUUUGGGAAGAACUAUUGAAGGAAGUUAUUAUGGCAGCAAAGAUUCCCCAAAUCGUACUAUUCCACGGCCACCAAAACCCCCCAGUCGAUCUUUAAUUCCACUAGUGAAGGCCAAGCUAUCUGAUGAGAAGAUUGAUCUUUCCUUAGAGCCUUACAGUGACAAGAAUGGUUACUGUGGCAUCCCACCGCUGUUGGUGCAACGCUAUGCUGAGGAACUGCGACAUGAUGUUUGGGGAAUUGCUGCUGUCAUGGAGCAAGUGAGAAUUUCUCAACUCCUGUCAUAUGGAAGGGAAGGAAUGACCAGUGAAUCAUUGGCCAAAGCCUGCCUAUCAUCAUGUGACCUGAAAAUAUCAUCAUUGAGAGAUUUUUUGAUCUCCAUUGGCCUGCCAAUGUAUGGUGAGCAUCUCAUCAAGAUGGGAUUCUCUUCAAUGGAACGCUUGUUGUCCAUGACAGAUAAUGAUGUCCAGCGGGUAGUACAUGACACUCGGCAUAUCAAACGACUGAUGCAUGCAUUGGAGUGGGUUCGAUCACGCUUGGCGUCCCCAACGAGAAAAACUAAGAUUGCUUCCGUGAAAGACCAAGUAUAGAACCACAGGAUAAAUAGAUUUAAGAUGUAUCUUAAGGCAUACACAAAAGAUAUAUACACUUAUACAUGCAUAUGUACAUGCAUGUGCAUGCACACACUCACACACACACACAUAUAUACACAUGCACACACAUGUGCUCACACAAUCAUAUACUCUCUCUUCUAGGCACAGGUUUUAUCUUUCACAAUGUGACACUCAUGUAUAACAUGCAAUCUAUUCCUCUGUCACCCAUUCUGUUAAAAGCAACAUGGUGCCAACAUCCUACACACACACACACACACACACAAAUAUAUAUAUGUAUGUGUACAUGAGUGUAUAUGUGCCUAUAUAUAUGCCAGGUGGAUCUUGCAGGUCUGUGAAGAUGCAGUGCUACCUCUCUCAAAAGCAGCAAACAGAGAAUUUGACUGAAGAGGGUAGUUGUGGUUCUGUUGACAACAGACAUCAAAGGAUCAAGGGUCUGGAGAGGUCUAAGUGACUAAGAUGAAAAAUACAUAUAUAUACAUACUUAUACACACACACACAUACACACACACAUGCACACACAGAGUGAAAGAUACAUACAUAUGUGUGUAGGGGUAUAUGUAUAUUGCUUCCCAAUUACAAGGUCCAGGGUUUGAUCCCACUGCGUGGUAUCUUGGGCAAGCAUCUCGGAUUGAUCUGUGCCUUGUGAGUGAACUUGGGAUGGUCUGUAUCGGUAAGUCAAUGAUCCAACCUUGUCACACUGAUUAUGCUGGAGAAUUACUUUUGAGAUAAAUAUAACCAUGGGAUAUUCAGCCACUUACAUGCUAAUUCAGUUGAUUGAACAACUGAAAACCCGUUACUCAUUGUCAGAAAUUCUGAUCAAGAUCCAUUAAUAUAUAUAUAUAUAUGUAUAUUUAUGUGUGUGCAUGAGUGUCUGUAUAUAUAUAUAUAUAUAUAUAUAUUAUAUAUAUAUAUAUAUCCCAUUGUAAUAGUGGUGAUAACUCCAGUAUUCCAGUGUGUAGAGAGAUAAAGAUCUUGUCUCUACUUGAAACUCCAUUCUUCACCAAAGCAUCUAUUCUGUGGUGAGAUAAUGAUCUGCAAUUAUAGACAAGUAACUACCAUGCGGCUGUAGUAUAUACUGACAAGCUGUUCUAUUCUCUAUAAUUAGAACCCUAAAUAAUAAAACAAAGGGGGUCACUAAUUAGGUUUCGUCCUCUGUUGUUGUUCAUUGUGCCAUUUAACAGUGUUACUGCUGGACCAUUUCUGCGAUACUUCCAAGAGUAUACCCAAACAUUUACUUUACAGCAACUCCCUGCAAAAGACGAGAGCCUUUUCCUCUAAAUCCCGACUUUCUGGACCCUAUGAAGGAGCCACAAUGAAAUUACUCAACCUGCUAGAAAAGCAGCUAAAUCUCCUUCAACCACACCCUACCCUCUUAAAUAAUGGACUUAUUUAGGUAAUCUAAUACCUGAUAUAUAAAAUGACUGGAUGAUCACUUUUGGAAUGUAUCGGAUCAUUGAUGGAUUUGGGCAGAGCUGGUGCUAAACAACAAUAACAACUAUUGUCCAUACAACCCUCUCCCCAAAACGUAACUUUUCAAACUGACCAUUCACUACACAAUCUUCCUCUAGUUAUGUGUCUCUCCACUGACUGGAUAAUGCAACACAGUAAGAGGUGUUAAUCCACUACUCAUCACACAUCUUUAAUACAAUUAUUUUAUAAUUAAUGUUAUAGUUGAGGCAAGUUACUUAGGUUAAAGAUUUGAGUGUCUUAACCCGAGAGAAAUUGCAUGAAUAUAGUUCAGCAGUGUGGCAUGAUGUUACAGAUAGAUAGAUAUAGAUACAUGGAACAAUAAAUAGGUGUUAAACAUUACAUACACACAUUUAUAUAUAUAUAUAAAUUCUUGAAUCAAUGGUCAAAAGAGACAAAAAAUCCAAAGAGCCAGAAAAUUUUCUAUGAGAUAAACUACUAUAGAGCAAAUGAUGAUAUCUUACAGAUAUAAUAUUUUAGCAAAAAAACUCCAUUUUCACUAAUUCAAAAGUUCAUCUGAAAUACCAAGUUUCAGAUGAAGUUUCAAAUUUGUGAAAGUAGAGUUUUUUUUUUUUUUUUUUUUUUUUCGCUAAAAUAUUAAAUCUGUAAAAGACAAAUCUCUAUAUAUAUUCCAUGUUUAGAACAGUUUUUGGAGGGAUGGUUUUCUGAUGAGAUUCAUUUCAGUCAAGAGACAAACAGUAUAUGGGCAACAGUUGACUGACAAAAGGGGCUGCCACAACUGUCUUUCGUAUGUUUCUGGUACCAUUCUACACUCAGACAGAAAUAAAAAAAAAACAAAGAAAAAAACAGAAACAAAACAAACUUCAUAGUUCCACACUACCACCUAUAUACACUAGUGUGUGUGUUUGUAUAAGUGUGCCUGCAUACAUAAAUGUGUGUGUGUUUGUGUACACACACAAAAUACAUUUAUUUCACCCUGUCAUUCCCCAUGUGCAUCUAAAAAUGUGUAUUUAUACACACAUAUAUGUAUGUAUGUAUGUGUGUGCAUAUAUAUAUAUCUGUUCAAAGCAAAUGGUUUACUCUGUUGCUACUUAGAAGUUUCAGCUAUAUGCCUCUUUCAGGUGCCCAAAAUGAAAAUGAAAAAAAAAAAUAAAUAAAAGAAUUAACUAAAAAAACAUUGAUUGCUUUAUCACCUGAAGUAUUGCAUGUGGUAAGAAACUCUGAGCAGCAGCUGAGUUAAACAUCAGCUUUAGAAAAAAAAAAACUCUGACAUCUGUCAAGUACUUUUUCUCCUAUUUGUUU